AUGAAUAAAUCCUUCAUGAUAUGGAAUUGCCAAGGCGCUGGUUCGGCUAAGUUCCAGCGAACUCUGGGGUCGCUUCUCCAGGGAUACAAGCCAAAUGUAGUGGCUCUAGUUGAACCAAGAAUUUCUGGUAAGAAAGCCGAUUUAGCUAUAAAGAAAACGGGCUACCCAAAUUCUCAUAGAAUCGAAGCUGAGGGAUUCUCAGGUGGAAUAUGGUUACUAUGGAGGGAUUGUGUAACAGUUGAUGUCCUACAAAAUCACCAUCAGUUCAUCCACACUCGGGUUAGCUCUGAGCCAGGGACCCCGCCAAUCCUCUUUACCGCAGUUUAUGGGAGUCCUCGCCCUAUUCCACGUGAAAACUUAUGGAGGCAGCUCCUUCAAAUAGCAGAAGGAGUCCACAGUCCAUGGAUCCUUGCUGGGGACUUUAAUGCCACUAUUUCAAUGAAUGAACGCCGGGGUGGAUCUCGGCAUGCUCAGGCGGGUUGUAAGAGUUUCAAACAAUUCAUUAGUAAAUCAGGCCUAAUUGAUCUUGGAUAUGUAGGGCCCAAGUUUACAUGGCAAAGAGGGAACCUCAUGGUAAGGCUAGAUAGGGCCUUAAGUAAUGGUUUAUGGAUCCAAGCCCAACCCAAUACCCAGGUGCUGCACUUGCCUAAAAUCCACAGCGAUCAUCGACCAGUCCUCAUUAAACAAGUGAAUAUGGGCCAACAAACCAAGAGACCUUUUCGUUAUCUGGCGUCCUGGGCCUCCCAUGAAGGGUUCCAUAGCCUUGUCUCAAAUACAUGGAGGAAUGAACAAAGUCUGGCGAAGAAUAUAGAGAGCUUUACCAAAGUGGCCCAUGCAUGGAACAUAGAAGUCUACGGUUCCAUCGGCAAACGUAAGGCGGACUUAAGAAGGCGUAUCACAGGUGUCCAAAAGGCUCUGGAAAGACAACCCUUUUCAUGGUAG